AAGGAAAAAGAUUUGUUUUCCUCUUCCAAAUUCCUAUUGAACUUUGUGCAAACCCCCAUGGAUUUUUUCAGGUCUGUAUUUGCCGACGAUGAUGAUAUUCAAUCCCAGCCCUCGCAUCCAACCACCGACCCGUAUCCGAACCCUGGAUCGAAUGCUACGUGGAGUUUCGGCGGCCUAAUAAAAACCCUUGCCGAGAAGUCGGAAUCCGUGGUGGAAUCUUACCGGAAGGACUUUGAGGAAUUCGGAUCCGGGUUAAAGAAGGAAACCGAGAUCAUCCGGAGCGUGGCUUCACGUGCCGUCAACGAUUCCCUUGAGAUAGGCGCCACCGUUGCACAAGAGAAGCUGGAGUCGGUGGGACAAGCCAUUGAUGACAUCGGUAUCUCCGUUUGGAAAUCAACGUCUCAGAUCAUAUCACACGGUAAAGACUCGUUCUUAUCACCGUCUGAUGAUGAUAAUUCUGAUUCUGGAAGUUCUAGUAAUAGACGAUUAAGUAUUAUGAGUAAUAAUAGCAUUAAUGGAAAGCGUUACAGUCGCUUUGAGAUGCAAAUUCGAGUGCUUCAAUCAGACAGAAGUACUUACUGUAUGGAACCAGAGGAUUUGGAGGAUUUUGAGAAUUGGAAAUUAGGGUUUAAUCUGGAAGAGAAAAAAGGGGAAAUUGAGGAUUUGUUAAGUGAAAAUCCAGUUAUUCGAAAUAUUUUUAAAGGGGUUGAUUCUGAUGAAGGUGAAUCAAAGAGAUACUGGUGUAAUUAUUUUUACAAGCUGAAUAGGCUUAUGAAAGCAGAGGAAGCCAGAGCUAAGCUUGUUAAUCGUGCUAUUUCAGGAGAGGAUGAAGAAAAUUUGAGCUGGGAUAUCGAUGAGGACGAAGAGGAGAAUAGUGGAAACGUUAAUACUGAGGAGGGUGAUUCAAGUAAAGAUGUUGACAAGGGUUCAAAAAUCGAUGAAGAGAAAGUAGGUUCGUGCAAGGAUAGUGAUGUGUCUGUGGUUUCGAGUCUGUCUAUGCCCGAGGAGGAAGGGUGGGAUGCAAUUGAGGACAUUCAAAGCAUCAAUGACAAUAAAGGGGAAGAUGUGGGAAACAGUACUAGGGUUGAUCUGCGUAAGCGGUUGACUGUUGCAGAGGAAGAAGAGGAUUUAAGUUGGGAUAUCGAUGAUGAGGAGGAGGAUCAACCGGUUAAAUCUUGAUAUAGCAUCGGUCAGGUUCCUAUAAGGUGAUUUGGUUUUUAAUUUUAAACAUAGUUUACAUAUAUGAUAAAAGAUUACUUAAACAUUUAGUUCAUUAGUUAAAUAGUUCUUAGUGAGUGAACUCAAUAAUUCAAUUGUAUGUCAUUUUUCUAUCU